AUGGACCAUUUAAACAUCCCCCAGCAAGGCAAUGGACCAUGCGUAAACAACGGAGAUGAGAUCGCCAGAGCAGGGAGCAGGGGCAAGACUGGCGAUAGACUCGGUCAUAAAGCACGCCGGAGAGCGAUGGAACGAGAAAGCGGACGGACUGGCAACAGAAGGCACAUGAAGGGUGAACUCGGAUCUACUAGAUCUGGACAUAUCCCGGGACGACUCACCCACGGAGCACACCUGGAAAACACGGCACAUCCCAACCAUGCUGGUAACGAAGAAGGUCAGGACCUUAUGGAAAAGGAUCCACGGAAUAAACGCCCGGGGACCCUUCUGAGAGAGAGAAUAGCGGACAAAGCAGACAGCAUGGACUGCCCCGAGUUCUGGAUCGGCAGAACACAUCCUUACUGCCUUCCCCACAGCGAGGGCAUAGGCCUAUGGAACUUGGCAAUGGCGCGCAGAGGAGACGCCUCAACCAAUAUCAGAGGAAAUACGGUCUACAACCUCCAUUGA